UCACACAGGUCCAUAUACAGUUGUGCAACCGAUGACCUUGAUUUUAGGCCGGAUUUCUUUUUUUCUGUGUACAAGUAUUCAGGUCAGAGCUGCUGAAGACGUUUCUAUUUGUGAAUCGGUGCAAAACUUCGUUGUAAAUUGCAUGGGGAGUGAAAUCUGUGUAAUAUUAUGGCUGGCUCAUGGAAUAAGCAACAGUAACCACAAGUGUGCUGAAGACAUGAAUAUACUGCAGUCCUGAUAGCAGCCAUCAUGACGACAGAGGCUGUGAUCCCAGCUCCUGUGCAGAAAGACUACCACUAUUGGUUGCGCUCUUUCACAGCUGGAGGUGUUGCAGGGUGCUGUGCCAAGUCCACCAUAGCGCCUCUCGACAGAGUGAAAAUAUUACUGCAAGCUCAAAAUCCGCAUUACAAACACCUUGGAGUGUUUGCCACACUUAAGGCUGUGCCAAAAAAAGAGGGUUUUCUUGGACUAUACAAAGGAAAUGGAGCUAUGAUGAUCAGGAUUUUCCCAUAUGGAGCCAUUCAGUUUAUGGCUUUUGAUCACUACAAAAAGUUCCUUAACACACAACUUGGAAUAUCUGGGCACAUUCAUCGGCUUAUGGCGGGCUCUAUGGCAGGGAUGACCGCAGUUAUUUGCACCUAUCCGCUCGAUGUUAUCCGAGCACGCUUAGCAUUUCAAGUCACAGGAGAGCAUCGAUACACUGGCAUACGAAACGCCUUUCAGACUAUUUACCUUAAGGAAGGAGGAAUCUCUGGAUUCUACUGGGGUCUGACCCCCACAAUCAUUGGCAUGGCUCCAUAUGCAGGCUUUUCCUUUUUUACUUUCGGUACAUUGAAGACUCUGGGACUGACUCACUUUCCAGAGCUCUUAGGCAAGCCGACUCUUGACAACCCUGAUGUUCUCGUGCUGAAGACUCACGUCAAUCUGUUGUGUGGUGGAGUCGCCGGAGCAAUUGCUCAAACUAUAUCAUAUCCACUAGAUGUUGCCCGGAGGAGAAUGCAGUUGGGUACAUCACUGCCUGAUUUUGAUAAAUGUCGCAGCCUCACACAAACUCUGAAGUAUGUGUACACCCAGUAUGGCGUUAAGAGAGGACUGUAUCGUGGCCUGUCCCUCAACUACAUCCGCUGUAUACCGUCACAAGCCGUUGCCUUCACCACUUAUGAGUUCAUGAAGCAAUUUUUUCACCUAAACUAGAAAAAGCAGUGACUUGAAGCCCUAAAGGAACAAGUUGAAACGACCCCUGGCAACAUCACAGCACCCCUGCCUGCCAUUCCAGUCAGCAGUCAUGUGAACUCCAGUUCUUACAAAACACCCACACAAAUGGCAAACCUGUGGCUUCGCACACCCCAGCAACAGUCACUAUGGAUACAGAGACAAAAGCUUGCUUUUCCAUUAUGUGUGGAUCAGGAACAUGUCCCCUAACAACCGAUACUGGAAAUACCAUAGACUUGCGUCUGAAACUUGCCUGUAUGAAACUUGC